AACGACGACAUGGAGCGGUACGUCUGGGAAGUCCUGUAUAUGAUAUUAUAUUCGUUUAGAAAUUACGAAAGAUGUUUGUCAAUCGUGCGAUGUUGAUACAAUUCGUUUGUAUGAGCUUUAUUCAAGUAAAUUCUCAGGCAAUCGAUUAUCAUGGCGAGAGGAACGUUGUUCCGUAAGCUUUUUUACAGAAUGAUAAAGUGUCAUCGCCUUUAUAGACUAACCAUGUUAAAAAUUCGUUCCAAACUUUAGUUAUGGCUCUUUUCACCGUUGAACAGAUUGAACUAAUUCGUCGAUUAAGAAGUAGCGGUAUCACGCGGGAGCAAGUCUUACUAGCGUUUACCGAGCUGGAACGAUUAGAUGCCGAAUUCGGCAGAUCUGGGUCCUAUGGUAAUCAGAUGCAGACUCAUAAUAUGGAAUUUUCUUUUAGCAGUACAGCUGUUGUAAGGAAUAACUGCAGCACUACAAUUCACACUGGCCCUCCUGUUCCUAUCGUUUCGGCUCCUGUUCCUAAUAUAAAUGACAGCUCUCUUCAUAUAUCAUUCAAUCAUAACGAAUACUACAGGUCACAACCAGUACCGAACUCCAAUCCAUGUGAAGAUAUCUCCAGUCCGAGUAUUUUGAACGGCGAUUGUUCUGUCAAUGCUCCUGAUCUACAAGCAGAACUCGAAAAUGGACUAGCUUUGCCACAAGUUAAUGGUAGCUCAUCACUUGUCCCCUGCUCUGAUUCUCUUCCGCCACAAAACGUGACACCCAAUUCUUUUAACUGCUCUUUCUACCCCAUGGACGUUCAAUCCGAAGAGCUUGCUGAACUACAAGAGUUAAAAAAAAAAGGUGAUAUGGCUGUUCUUGCAGAAAUUAGAAAUUUUGUGAUGGCUUAUAAUAUAAAACAGACUUUAAUAGCGGAGAUGACAAAAAUGAGCCAGCCAUAUGUUAGUCGCUUUUUUCGCGGAGAUAUUCAAGACAUGCCUGAUCGCACCAAGAAUGUGUUCUUUAUGUGGUACUUAACCUGCAAAAACAAUCCUUUAAAACUGGCCCAAAUGUGUCCUAGUUCAGGAGUUAAAAGAAUGGUUUCUGAAAAUGGCGAUCUGAUACCCUUAAAGCGUGAAAGAUUCACAUUUAAAGGCUCUCAUCUUGCUGUUUUGGAGAAAUUUUAUGAACAAGAUCCUUAUCCCGAUACCCAAGUUCGAGAAUUAAUUGUUGAACAGUGCAAUAAAGCUGCCGAAAAAUGUGAGUGGCCUUUGUCAGAUCGAGAUAUUGUAACCCUUCCAGUAGUGAACAACUGGUUUAAUAAUAGAAGGAAAGAUGCAAAAAAACAGAUGAGAUUAAAACAUGCCUUUUCUACUAUAAGUGUUCAAUCAUCUUGUCAAACAUCAUUCCCUUCCAUUCUGCCAACGGGAAAAUGGUCUCCGCGAUCAGUGUCAACCCCAUCUUUUCAUUACCAAGGACUUUCCGAAAUUACUGAAAGUGAUAGCUCAUCAGCAUCAGAAAGAAUUGUGGAUAGUGAUCCUUGUUCAUUGCUUGAUGUACAUGAGCCAGAAUGUUGUGAUAUAAAGCAUAUUUUAUAACGUUGACUUUUAGUGAUAUGUUCUGAAUGGUGCCAUGUGUUCUUGUCAUUGGGUGAGCUUGAAAUUCUGAUCAUAAACUCUCAGCAGGCAAAGAUAUUGAAGUUUUCUUCAGAUCUAUCAAACUAUAUUAAUUCAUAUUGUGACAAUAUACUUGUCUCUGGCACACUUUUAUCUCUAUAUUUAAUCUCAAGAUUUUUUUCUUAUUAUUGUUGUUUUCAUUAAAAAAGGAAUCUUACCAGAGAACUAAGCAUGGUAGAGCUCUUUAUUCAUAUUGUUGAACAUUUGAAUCUCUAUUGUAUAAAUUUCGUUUGGAAAUUCUCAGAUUUAUACCAACAUGUACAUCUUGGUUAAUCCAAAUGCUCGAAUUUUCAAAUGUUGUAUGACUGGUGAUAGUUGCAAAGUAUAAAUCAUGUUGAAAUAUUUAUGUUAUGAUUUUCGUACAGUUUGACUUAUUGCUGUCUAUAUGUUGUUAUAACAUAUGUUGAACAAUAAAAAUGUUGAUAAAUUCUACUUCAAUUGUAUUAACUUCAUCAAAUGCAACCCCUGUUGUAGCAAAAAAUGUAAAUGCCUUUAUCAAAUUUAUUCUUGUUAUGAUUACAUACAUUCUAAUGCAGUUUUAAGAAUUUGCACCAAUAAAAUUUCUAAUACUAAUAAAUGCAAUUUGAGAGGUUCUUUCAUUUACUAAGUUUGGAAAUGAUGAAGCAAAAUUUUUAUGUAAACUAUUUGUAUAUUAAAUGGUCAAAAUUUCAUUGUCAUUCAAACUGAAUCUAGUUUUGAUAAUUUCUGUAUUAUCUUCAGAGUGUUUGUAUCACAAACUAAUUUAA